AUGUCUGUAAAAUUGAGUAAAAUACAAGAUACAGGCUUCACAUCAAAUGGAACCAUUGCCUUACCUUGUUGUCCGAAGUUCCCAGUCGUACCUGUGUUUAAGCUUAUCGUAUUUGUUACAGUAUUUGUGUUGGCGCUAGCAUCAACCCACUUCCGGUUCACCAACCCCUCGGAUGGACGAUUCACGCCCGAAGCUGUCAUUAACUUGCAGCAUAUGUCCAUGUUCGGUCCAUUCAUAUUCCACUCCAUGGUGGAGCUAUUUACUUGGAGAGGAUGGCAUGUACCGGACGGUUUUGGUGACAUUGCUGCGGCAAUCUCUCUGUCCUGGGGUGCAUUUAGCAUCGAAAGCGAACAAAACCAAGCAGAAUAUGCAGAUCUGAUUCACGAGCUUCCCGCCAACCUACUGUACCUAACAUCGUGUGUAUCCCUAGUAGAAUACUACACUGGGUAUCGCAGUAUUGUAGCAUCAUUACUCAAGGGAUACUUCCUACUGUGUUUCGGGACUUGGUAUAUCAAUAGUAAUUAUAUACCGUACAGUAAUACGUAUCUAGGUGAAGUGCCCGAUCCAGAAUGGAACCAGACAGACGAGAUUAUCAUCAAAGAUAUAAUCAUGGCGGUGUUCGGGUGUCACCUCAUUCUCGGACAAAUCAUCGUAGGACUCCUGUUUUCAACCCUAUACUAUAUAUACAGUCGGAAUGAACCAAUAUUAUCAACAAUGGAGGAAGAUUCUGAAAUGGAAAUCAUUUUGUAUGAAAAAUGUGGCAAAUAAAAGAUGAACUAAUAA